GUUAUUCUUUUCCCCAGAAUGAUUACUUUGAGGCCGCUUUAAAGAAAUCUUCGUUGAAAGAUCUCAAGUCCAAUUGUUGUUCUCACCUUACAUGAACAAGUAAUGUUUGAACAAUCCUUGGAGACUUUUCAAAUCAUGCGAGCAUUAUAGAUCUGUAACUGUUCUCUCACACGUGCUGUGUACCCAACUGUAAAGGAAACUACCCAAUAGUCCCAAAAUGCAAAUUCUCUCUUUUCCGAAAGGAAAAGAAUUGUUUAACAAAUGGAUUAAUGCAGAGAAAAGAUGUUAAGACAACAAAAUUCUCGAAGGUAUUUUCGAGAUCACGGCAUCAGGUAAAUGCCGUUAAUGGAGACUGGAAAGAGGUGAUGCUAUUUUCUCAGUCGCAGAAACUGUCAUUACUGUAAAGUAAGAAAUGAAGAAGUGUAUAUGUAGAGAACAUGUUAGUCCAGAAGAUAUAAACAGAGCUCUGCCGCUUCGCUUGCCUGAUAACUGUCACAUUUGUGAUUUGCCUACACAUUACAAAAAUGCAGGGACAGACAGUGAAUCUGAAUGGGCAUGGCAUGCAGUGCCAGAAUAUCCCAAUAACAGCAAGAGGAAUGUUUCUCUUUUCAAAUCAAGACAGGCUUCCAAUCAAACAAUAUGGCAAUUUUUUUUGGAAGCAAAUAGCUAAAUCUACCAUCAGCGGCAUCAACAGUGUGGCUCUUGCCAAAAAUAAACCUCAGCGAUGGUCAUGGUUCAUUGUCCUAGCUGGAUGCAUCAUCGGUUUCGCAUAUCAGACGCUCAGCUUUUCGACGCUCUACAACAGUAAGCCCACCGUCGUGCAAAUCGAAGUGGAAAAUGAUGGUUUGGUUGAGUUUCCAGCGGUCACAAUUUGCAAUUUGAACAGAGUUCGAAGAAGUGCAUUUUGUGAAUUUUUUCCAGACAGAUGUAAUAAAACGCCGGAUUUCGUGCUGACGGAAAAAGAAGUCGUAGAUAUUGUGUAUGAAAUAAUGCUAGAAGGUGAUCCAGAUAAGAAAAGGAAACUCGGACAUUCUUCCAACAUGAUACAAAGCUGUAUCUUUAAUGGAAAACCGACAGUAAAAGAAAAUGAAUGUACCCGGAAUUUACAGUAUUAUUAUGAUCCUGAUUUCGGUAACUGUUACACCAUCCCAGCGAAGAACAAAGAUGGAAUUUUGCUCCAAGCAAGAGAAGCUGACUUUUGGCAAGAAGCUAAUGAUCUUUCAGUGCUGAUAGAUAUCGAAUAUGAAGAGAUGACUGAAAAAAGAAGACAUCCCGGUGUAGUUGUGACUGUUCAUGAUGAGUCUACGUUACCCGAUAUCCAUACAGAAGGUGUGUUACUGUCAACUGGAUAUUCCUACACGCUUGCCGUUCAGAAGUCUUCAGUCAUCCUCCUUCCUUUACCAUAUAAAACAAACUGCACAGAUUACUUUAAGUUACCUUGGCAGAAGGGACAAAAAAGACGGUAUACUUCACGUAUAUGCACAGUUGGUUGUUCAAGUUACUACCAGAGUCUGAAAUGUAACUUUGUGACAAAAAAUGUGAGUGUUUUCUAUGAGAAACUACCUUUUGACGCGAAGAAAGUUACCCAAGAAGAAAAGGAUUGCUCAAAAGCAGAAGAACUGAGAACAAAGAAUUAUUGCAGAACUAUCUGUGGUCUUCCUUGCAGGGAUACUGGUUUUGCUGUUACAGUUGGAAGCAGAGAAUUGAUGCUAAGAGAUAUAUAUGCACACAGUGUUCAUUCUUCAUGGAAUCGAAGCUGGGAGGAGCAAAUGCAUAAUCUGGUGCUGCUGAAGAUAUACUAUGGAACUUUAGAACACAAGAUUUUCAGACACAUUCCUAAAUAUGAUACCAUGGAACUAUUCAGUUACCUUGGCGGUUACAGCGGUGUGUGGUUGGGAUUCUCUUUGUUAACAGUUUAUGAACUCAUUGACAUUUUCGUCUCCACCAUAAUAUUUGGUUUUAAAAAGUACAAGAGACUUCAACAGCAGAAAAAAGUCAUAAUAUCUAUGAUGAACUCCAGGCUCAACAAAAAGUCAACAGUGAAGACUUACAGGAAGAAAAGAUUUUACAGAUGACUUACGGAUCAUCAUAGAAUUCAGUGAAAAUGCUUCGAAUAUAGUUACACAAAUGUUAGUCAAAAAUUCGAAAUAAAUUUUAACCUUUCUCAUUUUCAAUUAUUUUAUUUGAAGAUAUUCCUUUAAAUGUUGCAUUA